AUGGGAGCAUUUAAUUUGUCUUCCGAGAGAUUUGAGCAUGUUCAUUUAGAUAUUGUGAUAAUGCCGGUCUCCGAGGGGAGGCGAUAUUGCCUCACUUGCGUGGACCGUUUUACACGUUGGCCGGAAGCAUUUCCGAUGGAGAACCAGGAAGCGGAGACCGUGGCGAGGACGUUCUACGAGGGCUGGAUUUGCCGUUUCGGAGAGCCGGUGCGAAUUACCACGGACCAGGGACGGCAGUUCAAGUCCUGUCUUUUCUGUCGGUUGAGCGAGCUGUCGGGAAUGCGUCAUCUGAGGACGACGGCUUAUCAUCCGCAGGCAAACGGCAUGGUGGAGCGACUUCAUCGCCAACUCAAGGCGGCGAUAAAAUGCCGCGAGAAUGACCGGUGGACGAAGGAGCUAUCCACUGUCUUGUUGGGCAUUCGAGCAGCCUGGAGAGAGGAUCUGGAGGCGACCACGGCAUAUCUAGUAUACGGACAGUCGCUGCGACUUCCGGGCCAGUUCUUGGAUCGUCAGCCGGCGGACGGUAUGAACAAUGCCGCCGAUUUCGUAGCGGGGCUGUGA